AUGACUCUACGAGAAGCCACCAGCAGUGAUGCGGAAAAAACAACCACACUCAGUGCCCCCGCACAGACCGUCUACGACGUCUUGCAAGCCAUGCAUUCCUCAUCCUAUCCCUUUCGACUGGUCGUGGUGGGAAAUGGAGCCAUUCUCGAAACCACAUCGACGCUCGGGCCCACCUUCAAAUUGGGGACAUCGCCACGAACCGGAGAACCCCUCACCACGUUUGCUUCGGAGGAUCAAUCCUUUGAGUUUCACAUGAUGAUUGCCAAAGUCUCCAAAAUUGUCAUGGCGGAAAAGGAAAGUCCCGCGGAUGGAAAACUCAUGCAGAUUUUCAGAUUUUUAAACGAGGAAGGUGGUGCCAUGUGCAGUUUGAUUCUGGCCGACAAGACAGAUGCCGCACAAGCUUGGUUUGGGGCUCUCAAGGAAGAAUAUAAUGAUGGGGAUAUUCAGCUGUAG